AAAUGUUUGCCGCAUCAGCUACCAGAAUUGCCUCAAGGCUACAACUCCAGCAAGUUAGAAACAUGUCAGCCAUCUCUGGCCCACCAAAAAUAAAAAUCUCCUCUGCCGAAAAGUUUGUCCAUGGUAUUGCCUUGGCAGUAGGAAUUGUAGCUGUCCCAGCCUGGGUACUAGUCAACAUCAAACACUACAGGGGAGGACCUGCUGAAUAAGGGGUUUAAAUUAUAGUUGUGUAGUCAAAUUUUUAUGUACCAUUCUAAUUUAAGAAUAAAUUUAUUGAUGUA